GAAGAUCGAUCCCGAGACUCAAACACAAUCCUUAUAAUAAAGGAAAGAAAGAAAAACUUUCCUAAUUGGAUCAUACCAAAGCCUGGGCUCUUCUUUAUCUCUCUUCUCGUAGUUUCUUGUUUUGUUUGGCUCUUUUAAAAGAAAUAAUAGUUUCUUAAAAAGGGAUCAAAAUGGGGAGGGGUAGGGUUCAACUGAAGAGGAUAGAGAACAAGAUCAAUAGACAAGUGACAUUCUCCAAAAGAAGAGCUGGUCUUUUCAAGAAAGCUCAUGAGAUCUCUGUUCUCUGUGAUGCUGAAGUUGCCCUUGUUGUCUUCUCCCAUAAGGGGAAACUCUUUGAGUACUCCACUGAUUCUUGUAUGGAGAAGAUACUGGAACGCUAUGAGAGGUACUCUUACGCGGAGAGACAGCUUAUUGCACCUGAGUCCGACGUCAAUACGAACUGGUCAAUGGAGUACAACAGGCUUAAGGCUAAGAUUGAGCUUUUGGAGAGAAACCAGAGGCACUAUCUUGGGGAAGACUUGCAAGCAAUGAGCCCUAAAGAGCUCCAGAAUCUGGAACAGCAGCUUGACACUGCCCUUAAGCACAUCCGAUCUAGAAAAAACCAACUUAUGUACGACUCCGUCAAUGAGCUCCAAAGAAAGGAGAAGGCGAUACAAGAACAAAACAGCAUGCUUUCUAAACAGAUCAAGGAGAGGGAAAAGGUUCUUAUGGCACAACAAGAGCAAUGGGACCAGCAGAACCAUGGCCAAAAUAUGCCUUCGCCGCCGCCCCCGCAGCAGCAUCAAAUCCAGCAUCCAUACAUGCUCUCUCAUCAGCCAUCUCCUUUUCUCAACAUGGGUGGCCUGUAUCAAGAAGAAGAUCCAAUGGCAAUGAGGAGGAACGACCUUGAUUUAUCUCUUGAACCCGUUUACAACUGCAACCUUGGCUGCUUUGCGGCAUGAAGCAAUUCCCAUAUAUAUAUAUAUAUAAUCAUCAAUAAUAAAAAUAAUUAGACGCAUAGUAUAUUUUGGCUAGCUUCUUUCUAUCCAAUUAAUAUAUUUUGGCAAGGUCCAUGUUCUUAUAUCAUAUAUAUAAAUUGGCAACCUCCUUUUCUCUUUGUAAGUUUUUGGUUCUAGUAUGUGGCAAAAAUUGUAAUAUAUUGAAUUUUAUUUUUAUUAGCUU